AGAAGGAGAAGAAGAUGAUGAUGAAUUAAACGUCGUGUGGGUGCGUGUGUUUGUUUGUUUGUUGCACUCAUUCAGCUCUCAUUUCUUCUCUUCUCAUCUUCUGCGUCGUGCAACUGUAACAAACUCAUUCUUCUUCUUCUUCUUCUUCUCCUCUCUUCACAAAUUCUCCAUUUCCUUCGAAAUUUGAAUUCGAAUACUCCAGUGAUGAGCGACUCUUCUCAAUUCCAAUCACAACACGAUAAUUCUCCAACUGGAGCUCCGGUGAGUAACCCUAACCCUAGGAUUUCUCUAAAUCAAACCUCCGAAGACUUUAGGGUUAGGGUUUCCGACGACGAUACAUCCACCGUCGAUACAGAGAAAUUUUCCGGUUCCGAUAGAAAAUCUCUGCUAAUGGAAUUCGAUGAAUACGUAGCUUCAGAGAGAAACACCGAACCAGAAACCGAAACGGAUCUAGGUUAUGGUUUUGAAGUUGGCGAUUUAGUUUGGGGAAAAGUUAAAUCUCAUCCAUGGUGGCCGGGGCAUAUAUACAAUCAAGCAUUUGCAUCACCUUCUGUUCGUCGCGCGAGAAGAGAAGGUCAUGUAUUGGUUGCUUUCUUCGGUGAUAGUAGUUACGGAUGGUUUGAACCGGAUGAGCUGAUUCCUUUCGAAGCGAAUUUCGCGGAGAAAUCUCAGCAGACGUAUUCCAGAACAUUUGUGAAAGCGGUGGAAGAAGCUGUUGAUGAGGCUAGUAGAAGGAGAGGUCUUGGAUUGGCUUGUAAGUGUAGGAACCCUAAUAAUUUCCGUGCGACGAAGGUUCAAGGUUAUUAUUCUGUUGAUGUGAAUGAUUAUGAGCCUGAUGGGUUUUAUUCUGAGAAUCAGAUUAAGAAGGCUAGAGAUAGUUUUAAUCCAAUUGAAACUCUUGAUUUUGUUAGAGAUUUGGCUUUUGCUCCUCUUGAUGGGGAGCAUGGAAGUAUUGAUUUUGUUCAGAAUAAGGCUACGGUUUAUGCUUAUCGGAAAGCGGUGUUUGAGCAAUAUGAUGAGACUUAUGCUCAGGCUUUUGGAGUGCAGCGGUCGCGCCCUUCUCGGCCUCAGAAUGUGCCCCUCAAUCAGCCUGCAAGACAGCCUCCUAAAGCUCCUUUGAGUGGUCCAUUGGUUAUAGCAGAAACUCUGGGUGGUGGGAAAAGCGCUACCAAAUCUGUUAAAUUUAAGGAGAAUUCAAAAAAGGAUAGGUACCUUUUUAAACGGAGAGAUGAUCCAAGUGACUCUUCCCAAUUAACAUACAAGGAGGAGAUACCUGAUGCAGCUGAGCGUUAUUUAUUUCAGAAUAGGGCUCCACCUGUGCCUGUGAUGCCUCGGAGUUUAGAAAAUCAUGCUGACUCGGGUUUUGUUAGUCAUGAUGGUGCAACUUCAACUUUAGAUGCCAAAGAAGCUUCAAUUGGUCUGGCUCAAGCAGCAAGCAGCGGUCCUACACCCGAAGCCACCAACUUAGAUGCAAAACCUCAUCUUGAAAAGGGGAAGAUUGCCUACUCUGAAGAAACGACCCAUAGCUUUGAACAGGAUAAUAUUUCAAGUAGAUCUGAUUUGUCUGGGGAGUUACCAUUACAAAGCACUGUUGAUGAGACAUCUCAAUCAUCCCAUCUGGAGAGUAAAAGUAAUGAGAAUGUUAAACAUGACAGGACUGCAAAACAGUUGGACCCAUGCGAAGAUAUUAAGCAAUCAGAGCAAGAACUUCUGACCGUUGCUGAUGGAGGAAAAGAUACACAUCAAGUUAAGGGCGAAAUUAGUUUACCAGUUGAAGCAAAGCAUCACAAAAUUAGUGUAGAGAAGAAGAUAAAAGGUCACAAGCGACCUGCAGCUGACUUGGACUCUUCUGUUAUUGAGGAGAGAAAGAAAAAAAAGAAAAAAAAUCUAAACUUACAGCGGACGUCGGACCAACCGGAGAAGCAUUCUGCUCCUGGAAAAUCUGCACACUUGUCAGGAAAUUUACCAGCAAAACCUGUCUUAACCAGUUUGCCUCCUAGAGAAGGUAUUCCAUCAGAACAAAUGCAGGUAGAUUUUGAUGCCCAUAAUUUGCUGCCCAUGGAUACCUUAGGUGAUGUUAAUUUAGAAGUGCCACAACUUUUGGGUGAUUUGCAAGCUCUUGCUUUGAAUCCUUUCCAUGGCAUUGAAAGAAAGAUCCCUGUAGGUGUUCGCCAAUUCUUCUUGCGGUUUAGAUCUCUUGUUUACCAAAAAAGCUUAGCAUCAUCUCCACCAACAGAGAAUGAAGCUCCAGAAGUUCGUGUUACCAAAUCUACUGCUGAUGUUAAGAUAUCUGACAAUCCUAAUGAUCAUGUCAGAGCUUCCCCGCUUGUGAAACCUGCAAAACAUGUUCGUCCAAAUGAUCCUGCAAAAGCUGGGCGGAAAAGGGGGCCUUCUGAUCGCCAAGAAGAAAUUGCAGCGAAGAGGUUGAAGAAAAUCAAAGAUAUAAAGGCACUAGCUGCUGAUAAGACAGCUGCCAAUCAGAAAACUUCUGAAGCUCGGCGAGAAGAUAAGGCAGCUUCCAGUCAGAAAACUUUCGAAGCUCGGCGAGAAGAUAAGGCAGCCUCCAGUCAGAAAACUUCUGAAUCUCGGCGAGAAGAUGGUAAAGAACCUGUGUCCCAAGUUCCAUCCAAGUUUGUGAAAGCAGACUCGGCCAGAAAAAUGGACCGUCCAUCUAAGACAGUCCAGCCGACCACACUGGUGAUCAAGUUUCCUCCCCAAACAUCACUUCCAUCUGUGGCAGAACUGAAGGCCAGGUUUGCUCGCUUUGGACCAAUGGAUCAAUCGGGUUUCCGCAUAUUUUGGAAGUCAUCAACUUGUCGUGUUGUUUUCUUGUACAAGAGUGAUGCACAAGCUGCAUAUAAAUUUUCUGUAGGAAACCCAUCCUUAUUUGGUAGCACAGGUGUGACUUGCUUACUUCGGGAAAUUGGGGAUUCUGCAUCUGAAGCUACAAAGGUUAGGGGUGAUGAUGGGAUCAAUGAAACACCUCGGGUCAAGGAUCCUGCAGUAGCUCAGAAACAGACAUCAGUUUCAUCCCAGAAACCUCUUCUUCCACAGCCAACGAUCCAGCUCAAGUCCAUCUUGAAGAAAUCUACUGGUGAUGAGUCAGGUCAGGGUACCGGUAAUGGAAGUAGUAGUAAAGGAAACUCACGUGUAAAAUUCAUGUUAGUUGGGGAAGAAAGUAAUAGGGGGGAGCCAUUAAUGGUGGGUAAUAAAAACAACAAUGCUAAUUUGUCCGAUGCCGGUGCACCUUCUGUUGCAAUGGAUUUUAUUAGUAAGAACAUUCAAAAGGUCACAACUACUACUUCACAACCACCUUUGUUGCCCACUCCUCCUCAGUUUUUAAAAACCCCACAACAUAAUUUGCGUAAUUCUGAAUUGGCAACGACAUCCAGAAACAAUCCCAAUUUUAAUAGCACAACAACUGCGUCAUCAGCCACUGUAACUUCAGUUGAUAUAUCACAUCAAAUGAUAACCCUUUUAACGAGGUGCAGUGAUGUUGUGACUGACCUGACGGGUUUAUUAGGCUAUGUGCCAUACCAUCCACUUUGACAAAUGUGCUCAAAACUCGUUACAUGAUAAAUCCUAUCCCACAUACAAGAAUUUGCCAGUUGGAUGUUUUGGAUUACUUGCUACGGAAAUGCAAUUUUGAAGAGGGCACGUCUAAUAUUUGAGGCCUAGAACAAUAAAAUAGUGGUUUUAAGUUGAAGUUUUUUGGGUUUCCGAGAUGUAAAUGCACUCUCAUAUUGUCGACAGUGGCAUAUACUAUUGUAAGCUAGCUAGCUACCUUUCCUUUUUCGUUGUUCUUAUUUACUGAAAGCACUUUGUUUGGGAUGGGAGUACUCCUAUGGUUCUACCAACACCAACGAGACAUCGUUGCACAAAUAUAGUUAUGUACUUGCCUUGUCUAAGUGUGUCAAUGACAUUGCUUCUAGGUGUUGACAAUGUUAGUGAGAUUGAAAAUUUAAUACUUU